GCGGUGCUGUGGUUGCUUUAAUGGCCGCGCCCACGAAAUUCAGAUUGGGAUCUACGACAUCGUUCGCCUGAACGGGAUUUGAUUCCGUACUGAAAGCAAGCCUUGGCAUCGGCUACUCAGCAAAAAGACGUCGAUGACUCGGCUAUCGAUUCACCGCAUUCGCCGCGUCGUCCUUCUUGGGACACUUUGAACCGUCGCUGUCUCGGACGUCGGGGUCACAGUCGUCCGUGUCACAGUCCGAAAACAGCUGUCUACAUUGACCUAACAACUCGAGUGACCGUGACGGUUCGACCGUCGUCGGCCUGACAGUCAUGUUGACGUCUAGAAGUGCCGCCACCGUGUUCAGGAUAGCGCUUCCUCGGCGGUCCGUCGCGGAAAUAUGCCGUCGCACGGCGAUUCCGACUACUGCGCGGCCGCGACGUCUCUACUGCGAGCAGCAGCAGCCGCGCAACGGUGAAGGGUACGACGCUCGCCGGUACAGGCUCGCCAAGAGGCUCUUCUCGACGGCGCUGUUCGGGGGCACGUUGGCGGCCGCGCUGUACUUCAAGCGGCGGCGGCAGGCCGAGCACAGCGAGCUGUUCCGGGAGUGCGUGAUGCUGCCCCGCGACGACAAUUACGCGUCGAACAUGUACUUCUACAACUACCGCGGCUACGUGUUCCCGGGCAUGGUCAUCAGGUCGCUGCCCAGGGUCCAGGCGCUCAGGGCCAGGCCGGACGACAUAUACGUCGUGUCGUUUCCCAAGACUGGUACGACGUGGGUGCAGGAGAUCGUUUACCUCAUUGUGACGGGGCUUGACUUUCGGUCUGCGUCAGAACGCAACAUGGAGCAGCGGUUUCCCUUCCUCGAGUACUUCUACCCCGGUGUUUCAACCAUUGAGAACUCUCCGGACACCCGCAUGGUCAAGACACACCUCCCCUUCUCCCUGCUACCGGAGUCGAUACGCACAGAAAACCCAAAGAUUAUCUACAUUAUGCGGAACCCCAAGGAUGUCUGUGUAUCACUAUACCACUUCACAAGGCUUAUCAAAGAGACGGGAUAUGAGGGAAGCUUCAAGGAUUUCUUUGAAUCGUUCCUGAAAGGGCAUGUGUCUUACGGACCCAUCUGGAAGCACUAUCUCGAAUGGUGGGAACACAGGAAUGAUCCCAAUGUGCUCGUCAUCUCGUAUGAAGAUCUCCACAAGGAUGCCUGCAGCGUGAUCCAGAGAAUAGCCCUCUUCCUGGGCCGGCCGCUACGCGAUGAUGAGGUGUUGGCCAUCGCCGAGCACUGCAACUUCAGGCACAUGGCGCACAACCCGGCCGCCAACUACGAGCACUGGCGCAAGCUUGGCUUUGUCAACCUUCAGGAAGGAGGCUUCAUGAGGAAAGGAAUCGUUGGCGACUGGAAGAACUACUUCACACCAGAGAUGAAUGCCCAAAUGGACGCCUGGCUAGAGGAAAAAUUCGGCAACACGGACCUGACCUUUGUCUACGAGCUUCCGCCCGAUGAGCAAGCUGAGAAGGAUGCUGUCUAGUCCCACUUAUAGUUUUUUAUGAAUUUCAAUUGUGAAACUGUUAGAACAUGACAGCUAACUUGUGAUUUACACAGCAAGUGUACAGCAACGUUUGGCCAACACAGUUGUUUUCUUGGGACUGUUAAACUUGCACAGCUGUGGAGGAUUUUUGAAGAAUUUAGGUGUUCAAAUUGAUAUGUGUUGCAAACAGCCCAGCAGUAUAUUGUGUCGAGAUUGAUGUUCCUUCGGUGCUGGAAACAAACAUGCCUUUCCGUGAUAAUGGAUUUAGCUGGUCCGUAUACGUACUGCCACUUGCGGAAUACUGGAGACAUGAACAUGACAAGCAUAUAUGGCGGUGCCAUCAUGUGACAUCGAGUUCAACAAGAGCACACAAAGCUCUUAUUGCCAUGACAGGCUGUGCACUAGUCAUGUGCUAGUGUAAGAGUGAAAGCUGCAGCAUAAUCAUUUUCCUUUGACGAGAGGAGCAUGAUACAAAAAGAAAUGUUUUAUAUGGUGGAACAAACUGCCACAAGAUGUCGUUACCAGCGUUGCUGCUGCCAUCCAUGCCCUCAGUGUUCUGGUAUUCUGUAAACUAUAGUAAGUAUAUGGAUCCGCUAAAGCACUCCAUCAUUGCACUGCUUCCAACAUGCCCUAUGAAGAUAACACUAGCACAGUUCUCUACAUAUGUUGUUUGGCCCAACAAAUAUACUGAACUCUAUGCCUGAACAGGGUGUAGGGAAUGAGCCUUCGAAAUGGUGCUGACAUACAUGCCUUCUUUCUUGCUUGUCUCCUGGCAAGCAGGUUUCAUCAUCAACAGUGGUUUUCCCACUGGGUUGGCCAUCUUGGUUGGGGCAAGUUAGUCCUGGCAAGCAGGUUUCAUCAUCAACAGUGGUUUUCCUACUGGGUUGGCCAUCUUGGUUGGGGCAAGUUAGUCCUCCGGGGAAAGAACUCUUGCAGAAUUUUCCACAAGGUUUUGCUUCAUUUUGUGUAGCACCUUCUGCAAAAGUGUCUCCAUGUGCUGAAGGGUUUCGCAGUUUAGCAGAGCACAGUUGAUACCAUAGGGCUGCGAAUCAUUCAUAUUGGAUAGUGCAAACUGGAACAGACCACACAAAAUGGAGACAGGGCAUGUACUUGUCGGAUCUCGUUUUUCGUCUGCUACAGUCUGCUAUUUAUUAUGAACUGUCCCAUUUUCUUGCCUGACUAUGAAUUGUUAAAAAGCCUGUUUAUCAGUGGGUCACUAACGACAUCAGAGAUAUACUUGUAAAAUUGAAGGUGUUCUCGCUGUAGCAUUUGAGUUAGUACUAGUAUGUUUAGCUUGUCUUUUCUACCACUUAGCUCACAGUACUGACAUGUGCGUGUGCAGUGGAGGUCACAACGUAAGGUGAAACUGCAGAAGUCACAGUACAGAAAUGUGAUUGAAAGAAACUAAAUGUGCCCUGCAACACGCUUGUUUACUAUUUCCUGCAUUUAAAGUGCUGAUAAUCUCUUUGUAACUAUAACUGCUAACCAGGCCAAUUGAUUAAAGUGCAUAAUUAGUAACACCACAGAGGCAAAUACAAAUCAGUGGUGACAAACAGAAUAUGAGCUCGCUGUGAUAAGGGACAAUAGAAUUAUGGUAUUAUAGUACAGUCGAACCUCGAUAUAACGAAGUUGUACUUGCAGUGAAAAACUUUGUUAUAUCGCGAAUGUUGUUAAUUUGAGGAUUUGUUAAUUCAAUGGAACUGAGAUCAGGAAAUAGAAAUAGUUCAUUACAUAGCAAAUUUCAUUAAACUGAGGUUUGUUAUGUCGAGGUUUGUCUCUAGUAUGUAAACAUCGGAACAUGUACAAGCCUGUGGGGGAGGGAGGUCAAGAAAUAUGUUUGCCUUAGGCAUAUCCUCACGGCAGGGCAUUUGUGGUGCCGUGUUGAAGAAACUUAAUUCACCCCUGUUCAAGGAUGAGUGCACAGAGAUCCUACACUUGAUUGAGUUUAGCUCGGAUAAGCACUGCUGCUUUGCAUGCCAGAAAGAAGCAUCCAUACCAAGUGUGUACACUAAAAGCCUGCACAUAAUAUGCACUAAUGCAUAAUAUGCAGGACAAUUUCAGCUGUGAGAGAACAAUAACGAAAAAUAAGUUUAUCUAAAUAACAUAAGUGAAGCACACUUUCUCCUUUUUUUCUUUUUUUUUUUGUCACGUAAGAUUGGAUUCUUUAGUACCCGAUAGUAACAUGUGAAGCAAAUUUAAUGUGCCUGUCUGGAGGGGGAAGAACUUAUAGUUUCUGUGGAAUUUAGGGUAUUGCCUGGCAAAACGUCAAGUUUUAAAGAAGUUUUUCACCUCGGAUUGACAUCUGCUUUUGUUUUUUCUGUGGUUAUUCCUGACCAGACAAGAGUUUGUCAGACUCUCGACUUCACUUUACUUACUUCACAUUUUCCAUGAGCCUUAUUUUAAUGCAUCGAAAUAUGUUAUUGUUGAGAUCUUUGUUUCUGCUUACAGCAUGGUAUUUUACAGAGGGAAUGUCUCCUCCAAGCAAACAGAAAUGGCCGAGUGCAAUGGCUCCCAUGAUGAUGGUCUAGACUCUAGGCCGUCAUCAUUAACUGCAUUGUCUUUGACUGAACGAGACAGUAUGAUUGAAAACAAGUGCACACAAAAUGGAAGUACUUGGGCAUUGUUUUCUAAUUAAAUUUUAAUUUGGUAAAUCAUCUAUAUGCAGAUAAACGAGCAGCCAGUAUUCAGUGAAGAAAAACUAAAAAUAAAAGUAAGUUGGGGAAGGGGGUUUAAGGAACACAAACUUCAACAAACCAUUAACACUGAAAAUGUGAUGAGUAGAACGUUCAGUGCUUGUUUUAAUUGGCAUAUAUAAUUGGGAUGGCUUGCCAAAUGUAGCCAAUAGAGCCACAAAACAGUUAACAGUGCUGUUCAGGAGCUGCUGAUAAACAAAGUAGGCAUGACCAUUUUACACCCAAGUUUCCACCUAUGUGUCCUCCCAGCCAAAAAAACACUUGUCUGGUUUUCGAAAGAGGCAACUGCAUAAGUUCAUGAAAACUGCCUAGUUGGGCAGAAGCCCAACUAGGCAGUUUGCCCAUUCUUAUAUUGCAUGGUUGCCCAUAUUUAUAUUGCAUGGAUAAUGGCUGCCUGUCUAAUUAGCCAGCCUUGAGCUACAGGACAAAAAAAGUAGUGUGUGGCUCACGAGCCAAGGUUUAACCCCUGUGAUCUUUUGAAUUGGAAGUGCACUGGCUAGCCUGAGCCCUCUGUUUGCUGAAACUUCGUUUUAACUGUCAUCAGUAAUUUUGUUUAACUGAUUCCUAUGCAUGCAACUGCCUUUGUCAAUAGUAUUAUGCCUGUUGGUCUUGCCAAGGGUCAUACAUUCUAAGGAGUCACCGGUGAAGAGUGAUGCACAGUGUCAAAUUUUAACAGUGCAGUUAUGUAACACGUAUUUUUUAUGUAAGGAAUGGCAUUGGUAGUUGGGCUGUACAGGCGUCUUGGGUGCAUAGGGUAUUUAUUAAAAUAAAUAAAGCGUCCAUACCACAA